CAAUGCUAUGACACUCGCAGCUGUUCCUCUUCCUUAAAGCUACAGCGUGAUUGAGUUUACACUUAUCCAGUUGGAAUAAACGAGUUUAGCAAUUUUUAACGUUCAGGUCUGCUUUCUUUACUACAAAGCUGAUAUCUUCACAGAACUGCUUCCCAGGACUCCCAGAUCUUACUUCUGAGAGUAAGCAAGCAAUAGAGCUGGAAAACUUGGCAGUGAACUCUUUCCUGCUUGUAUCCAUGGAACCUGGAUCUUACAAGGUAUAUAAAUAGUUAAUAAUUACCUCUUGGAGUCACCUUGACUGUCUCUUCAUCUUCCUUAAUAGCUGAAUUUAGACACCACUCCUUUGCUUUUGUCAAGAAUUCUAUGAAGUUUUACAAGACACAUCUAUGAUGCACAGUCUGGAGCAGUGAAGUAGAGGAAGACUACCUCCUUGUCUAGAGGUGGACUACUACCACUGCCACCUACCACUACAUUGCAAUGCGAGCUAUGAGCAGUUUCAGCCUGGUGCACUGAUCAUCUCCAAGACUUUCAUCCAUUAAGUGUUAAGGUUCAUUUGAAGCAUUUUGAGACAGAUGCUGUUGUCCAUGACAGGUUGGGAUUAUCAUGAUCAAAUACCCUAUUUUGAUUUCACCCAGUGGCUAAGACCUUUACGUGCUAAAGAGGAAGGGCUGGACUUUUAAAAGCAGUGUAACAGGCACGUGACCGACAGUUAGACCACAUCAGUGGAGUCAUGCUUCACAUGGCUACAUCAUGCUGGCAGCCAUUCCUGGGUCUGGCUGUGCUACUAGUUUUUAUGGGCCCGACCAUAGGCUGUCCGGCCCGCUGUGAAUGCUCAGCACAGAACAAGUCCGUCAGCUGUCACCGAAGGCGCCUCAUGUCUAUCCCAGAGGGCAUUCCCAUUGAGACCAAAAUCCUGGACCUCAGCAAGAACCGACUGAAGGGUGUCAACCCUGAGGAAUUCACAUCAUACCCUUUGCUGGAGGAGAUCGACCUCAGUGACAAUAUAGUCGCCAAUGUAGAGCCCGGAGCCUUUAACAAUCUCUUCAACUUGCGGUCCCUGAAACUGAAAGGAAACCGACUAAAGCUGGUCCCCCUAGGGGUGUUCACGGGGUUGUCAAACUUAACAAAGCUUGAUAUAAGUGAAAACAAGAUUGUCAUUUUGCUGGACUACAUGUUCCAAGAUCUGCAUAACCUAAAAUCUCUGGAGGUUGGGGACAAUGAUUUGGUUUAUAUAUCCCACAGAGCCUUUAGCGGACUGCUUAGCCUGGAGCAGCUCACCCUGGAGAGAUGCAACCUCACGGCUGUACCAACAGAAGCUCUUUCUCACCUUCAUGGCCUCAUCAGUCUGCAUCUGAGACAGCUCAACAUUAAUGCUUUGCCUGCAUAUGCCUUUAAAAGAUUGUUUCGCCUGAAAGACCUGGAGAUAGACUCCUGGCCCCUCCUGGACAUGCUGCCUGCCAACAGCCUGUAUGGUCUCAAUCUUACUUCUCUCUCCAUCACCAACACCAAUCUAUCUGCAGUACCUUACUCUGCUUUUAAACAUUUGGUUUACCUGACACACCUAAACCUCUCCUACAACCCUAUUAGCACCAUCGAGACAGGCAUGUUUUCAGAUUUAGUGCGUCUGCAGGAACUCCACAUGGUGGGGGCCCAGUUACGUACCAUUGAACCACAUGCUUUCCAAGGGCUCCAAUUCCUCCGUGUGCUUAAUGUUUCCCAAAACCUGCUAGAAACCAUAGAAGAGAAUGUAUUCCAUUCCCCCAAGACCCUUGAGAUCCUCUGCAUUAACAACAACCCUUUGGCUUGUGAUUGCCGCCUCCUUUGGAUUUUACAAAGGCAGCCUACUUUGCAGUUUGGAGGCCAGCCACCAAUGUGUGCUGGCCCAGACAGUGUCAAAGAGAGAUCAUUCAAAGACUUUCACAGCACAGCUCUUUCCUUUUACUUCACCUGCAAGAAGCCCAAGAUACAAGACAAGAAGUUGCAAUACCUGGUAGUAGAAGAAGGACAGACAGUGCAGUUGAUUUGCAAUGCUGAUGGGGAUCCUCAGCCUACCAUAUCCUGGGUUACCCCACGUCGGAGGCUGAUCACAACUAAAUCAAAUGGAAGAGCCACAGUGCUGGGAGAUGGAACACUGGAAAUCAGAUUUGCUCAAGACCAAGACACAGGGAUCUAUGUUUGUAUUGCAAGUAAUGCAGCUGGGAAUGACACCUAUUCAGCCUCCCUUACGGUGAAAGGGUUUGCAUCAGACCGUUUCCUUUAUGCCAACAGGACCCCUAUGUAUAUGACAGACUCCAAUGACACCAGUUCCAAUGGAACUAAUGUGAACACCUUCUCUCUGGACCUUAAGACAAUAUUGGUGUCCACAGCUAUGGGCUGUUUCACGUUCCUUGGAGUGGUUUUAUUUUGUUUCCUACUUCUUUUUGUGUGGAGCCGAGGGAAAGGCAAGCACAAAACCAGCAUUGACCUUGAAUAUGUUCCCCGCAAAAACAAUGGUGCUGUAGUUGAAGGGGAGGUUGCUGGACCACGAAGGUUCAAUAUGAAAAUGAUUUGAUGGUCUUCUGCUAGCAGUGCUUUUUCUGUGGCAUUAUAACCAAUUAAACCAGCCUGGCAUGCAGAAUUGCUGGGCAGAGGCAGCUUAAUGCAGCUGUCACUGUUUCAAAUGAUUAUGUGAAAAUUGAAAGACUACUUGUGGCUGUAAAGCAGAGCCUCCAAACCUUGAGGCAGAUAUGUCAGGGCCUUUCACAGAACUGAUAAAUUGUACUAAUUGUUUGCAUUGCAAAUAUUUGCAUUCUGGGGAUAUUAGUAAUGAUCUGGGGAUAUUAGUAAUGAGCUGUUGGCUCAUGCUCAUGGACAACUGUUCAACAUUUUCUACCACUACAAAAAGACAAAGAAAAAAAGCCUACAGUGUAGGAUUUACAUAUUUAAAGAAAAAGACACAUUUGUCUACAGCAUACUCUACAGUGAAAUUUGUAUCUAUAGAUCUCAUUUGGUGAAGCCUUGCAUCACACCUUCUAGUUGGUUCAACACCAGAAAAAAAGAUAAUUUUUUGUUUUAUGUUUUUUUAAUAUACAUCUAUACUGUGUACAUUUAAAGCAAUACAAAUGACAGGUUGUGCUUUUAGAUAUUCCACCAAUACUGACCCAAGUGUGAUGUCAUCCUCCUUUUAAACACCAUCUAACUCAAAUUACACGCCUAUAGUUACCAAUUAGAAAUAACAUAUUUUUAUCCUCAUGUAAAAGUCCAGAGAUGAAUAGUUGAGAGCAAAAAUGCUCAGUUAUGUUGAUCUUCUCUUCAUAUAAAUAUAAGGCAUGUGCCUAGUUUUGAUACAGAAUGGAAUAGUUUUUAUAUCUGUGAUAUCACACUGGACCAGUUUACUGUAACAAAGCCCUGAGCGUCACCAAGGGAAGUCAAUCUGCUAGACGUUGCUGGCAUAGAGGGGUCAAGUUCUACCUUGAUGAGGGAGAUCUGUUUUUAAUGCCCAAUUUUAACUGCAAAGUCAUUGUUAAAAAUGUAAUGCGUACAGGGCAAAAAGAAACAAGGUAAUGCAUUCUGCAUACUCCUUAGGAAACAUGGUCACAUUACUAAUUAUAGGAGUGGAUUAAAACAUACAGAAGCUCUGCUAAUAGAAAUGAACUCUUCUCCAAUGCUAAUAAACUAGGGUUUUCCAUGCAUAAUAUGAGGAUUAUGAUAUCAAAGUAAUUUUUAAAAUAUGAGAUCCUAAAAAAGGCUGACAUACUGCCUGCUGUAGUGAACUUCUAGUCACUGUCAUUCUCAUCCUAUAUUUUUAUAAAUAACAUACAAACACAAAGAAAAUUUCCAAGAGAAAUCACUUCAGCUAUUUCUGGUGCCAUUUUAAUAACUAUAUGGUUAUGUUUUUUUUCAGGGGCAGCAUCUGAGAGGAAGAGGGAUAAUUCUUUCCAGGUUUUAGGAGGAUGGAUGUUUUUAUGUUUGUUUGUUUUUGUUUUUGGUUUUUUUUGUUUUUAUAAUGGAAAAAAUACAGAAGUGUAACAUUAGUUCAGUAUGAAUAAUUGGUUUUUGUGUUAUGCUUCUAAACAAACCCAUGAAAGACUCAGCUGAAACUUUGCUUUUCACCCACUGUACUUUUGGCAUUAAGGGAUAUUUUAGAAUAUUUGUAUUUUGAAACUCUUAGCAAUGGGAAGAUAAGAAGUUGUUUAUCCAUCUUUCAAUUUCCUAGUAAUUAUGAGCCGUAGAUGUAUGGUAGGUGUUUGGUAGCAAAUGCAGUUUACAAAUAAUUGGAAUAGCCUGGAGAAAGAAUAAUAAUGACCAUAUGUGCGAUUAGCCAGAAAUAAUAUGAGAAUGUUGCAAGAUCAAAGGUUCAGAUUUAUGUGAUGUAAGAGCCUGUGUCAAGCUUAAAAUUAAAUUUCAGAACUUUGAACCUGAAGUCAGACUGACUUGUAGUGGGACUUAGGUGAUUCUAAAAAUAUUAUCCAUACUUUUGCCAGAGAUCUUCUAAGCUAAAACUAAAAAUGUCCCACUACUACCAAGAGGAAUAUGCCAAAAGCUGUAGGAUCCAUAUAUGCUCCUCAAGUAUAUACCUAAUAUAGCUGUAGGACCCAAGGUCUAGGCAGUUUUGAGAAUCUCGCUCUAUUGCUCUUAGUGACUAAUCUUUGUCUUAUUGCUCCAUUUUAGGCCAUCAGACAGACAAAGAUGUAAGGUCUGUUACUUUUUCUUAUUUUCUUUUUUUGAUGGUCUGAACUAGAUAUUUUAGAGAGUCAUGGAGAGGCUUGAUACUAAUCAUUUUUAUUCUUUAAGAGUUUAUAGAAUGAAAUAGAAUACCCUUGACUAACACCAUAGAAUUUAUUUUUGUUGUAGUAAUAACUAUCCUACUGAAGCCCUAAUGACUUUGCCUUAAUGUGGAGAGUUAAGAAACCCAUGACGAGAAGGAAAGGUGUAUGGAUACUGCUGAGGAAAUUUGCAUGUGCCUUUCCCUUUUAAUUGUCAUUUUUCAGUUAGUAAUUUACUUCCCCGCCAGUGAUUUCAUGUUAAAUGUUAUCAAUGUUAGAAGCAAAAAUUCUCCUAAAAUCUUGAGAGAUGCAGUGGAUUGUUUCUGCUUAUACUAUAUAACACAGUACAAAAUAAUAGUUUUCAAAAACUAACCUGGCAAAACUAACCUGGAAAAAAUUUGCUUUUAGGAUUAGUUAUGAACUACUGAUUUCCCUCUUCUCUCAGAAUAACACUAAAAAGUGAUUGCACUGUUAGUGUGCUGCAAUGUUUUUUAAGCAGUAGUGUCCUUACCUAACUAAGUGGACUAUGUUCUGGUGAUGCAACCAACACCUGCUCAUGCAGAGCACCACCUUGCAGACUAUCAGCAUUGCCUGUAUUGCACUGAUGUCAAUCAGUAUUCAGUUUUAAGAAUCAGUAUUUGCUCUCUGUCUCUAGCUACGCUCUACUUUUGCAGUCUACGUAUUUCUUUGUAGACUUGGCAAGGCAUAUGGUUUCUCUUAACUGAAGUCAGGAUAGCAAGGCUCAAAAACCUUUAUCUUGCUCCACAUAGUUUUCUUUAUUUGUCUUCUUGGGACAGGCUGUCACUGUGGGGUUGUUUGGGGUGAAUAAGGAAUGCAGUGUCAGGGUCAGUUCUAGAUAAGCACUUUAUUUUUGGCAGCUUUUUUUUUUUUUAAGAACAAAUGAAUAUUUCCUCUGCCUCUUACAUAUUCCUUGUCACUUCUCUGCCUGUCCUAAAAAUCAAGGAAUGCUGCAAUUUCUCUUACUGCAAGGGAACAUCAUGUCAGAAGAAAGGAAUCUAGCUGAGAUGAGACUUUCAUCACAUGAGUCCACUGCUGAUUUAUUCAGAUUCAGGCUGACUGUGCAUGCCUGCUACCAAAAGAGAAUGAAUGAACAAUGAAAACGUUCACCUUUUACUUGCAUAUUGGCUGCCCAAUCAUGCACAACCAAAGGCUGUACAGGCAGAACAAUGGCACAAGGCCCAUCCUGGCAGUCAAGGCAAUCGGACUGCAAGGUGCAACAACAAUUCUGCAGAGAAGGAAAAAAUAAAUAAAGCUGAAACCAGCACAGCAAUUUGAGAAGGCAGAAACCCCAUUAUUCUGACAAUAAUUUCUGUAAUAGCAGUGCUGAACCUCCCACGUAUAUAAAGUCUGCUUCCACAGAUUAAGACUCCAUUCUCUUGCUCUUUCACAACAAAUGAAUGCAUAAGUGUUGAGACUACCCAAAAAUGUAUUAAAGAGAACAUUGCAGAAACGUCUUAAGUAAAGAGUUUGCAAUGAUCUAAGGACAGAUUAAGAGUAACUAGCAUAUUUUCAGAUUUUCACCUUGUUCUCAACAUUUUCUUCUUUAUUCUUCCUUUCUCAUCAAUUUGGCAGCUUUCUCUUCUGAUAGGCCUCCUCCAAGCUAUCAGAUCAACUAGACUCAGACUGAGGAUAUUGCUUUUAUUCUGUUUUCCCCUUCUUCACCAUUCACAGAUGUUCUCAGUGGCAACACAAGCAACAGGUCUAGAAACAACUGAAAUCAACCAAGAGAUUCUGAGCCUCUAGGGAACUGUUAGUACAAUCUGAUGUUCCUAGGCAUUUUUAAAAAUAAAUAAAUUUUUUAAAUUGAGAACUCGAAAUUGAUGUCAUCAUCACAUUUCCCCUAUUAACAAAAUCUGCCAGCACAUCCUGUGAAGAAAGGGACCGUUAGUCAGUAAGCAACUGGACAAUGCUUCUUGUAUUUCUUUCAGAGAGCAGUGUUUGUGUAAAUAAGCCACAGUCUGUUCUACCUCCAGCCUCAUCCCCAUGUACAUGCCAAGAAGUGAGGAAGGUUAAGCCUAUUCUGUCCAGAUUACAUAAUUCUUUUUUUUUUUUUUUUCUGAAUGAUCCUAGUCUAUCUGUCAGCUAGCAUGGUGACUGCUCUGUCUGUUGCCAUCCUCUUGGCUCAAAAUGCGGUUUAACAUGAAAUUUUACGGAAAGGAACACAUAGUCAAGCUGUCUCGCCUCCCUAAACUUUACCUCCAGUCUUCUCAAAUACAAGAAUUAGGGUAACAAAAGUAUCUUACAAGUUGCAGUCUCCUGCAGUUUUGCCAUAAUACCACAGUGGACAAGCACUGGAAACUCUCUGUCAGACCUGGUUCCAAGGUCCCAGGUGACUGCUGUUUGUGCAAAAUAGAAAAAAAAAUAGAGCUAAAGAAAGAAGAACUAAACAAAAAAACCCUAUUUCAUCCUGUAAUUUAAAUGGUAACUGUUCCUAUAUGAGUUAAAAGAAUAUCUCUGGAAAAGGCAAAAAAUCGACCAGAGCAACCAGUCAUUGACCUAGAUCCUGGAGAAUCACUGAAAUAAUGUAUUCUUUUUUUUUUUUUUUUGAAGUUAGCUAAGCAAUUUGGGUGCCCUGUUCCUAUAUUCUGUAAUGACAAUUACAAACCUAAUUUCUCUUGGCAGCUUAGAAGAAUAUCGGCAGUUUGUUUGGUGGUGCAUGCUCCAUUUAUCUGUCUUCUAGCUCUACCCUCUUCCCUUGUCUGUUUCACAAGACUUUGAUCUCAAAUAAAGAUCUUUUGAUUUGGUUUA